UUCGUCCGCCCGGGCCUGGGCGGGCCUGGUCCUCUCGCGAGAGCGGGGACGGAGCCCGGCGCGAACGGUGCCACGUCGGGGGACCGGAUCCCGGUGGGGCGCCAUGUUUGGAGGCGGCAGGAGCGGGCCCUGGGCCUUGGCCCUGCUGGCCUGGGCGGCCCUCGAGGGGGCGACGGCCCAGCACGUGCCCGACGGCGGCCACGUGGGCCGCGCGCGUGAUGACGUAGCCCGCGUGCGUGAGGACGCAGAGGGCGUGCGUGACGACGCAGGGCACGCCCAGGCCCCGGGGCCUUCACACCUCACCUUCCACCACGACGACUGGCACGACGGCCACUCGGUGCACGACGGUCACUCGCACGCGGAGUUUGGCCAUGGCCACUCUCUCGGAGAGUUUGGCCACGGUCACUCUCACGGAGAGUUCGGCCACGGCCACUCGCACGGGGAGUUCGGCCACGGCCACUCGCACGGGGAGUUUGGCCAAGGCCGCGGGCCGGAAGUGGGCCGCCCCGGCCGAGGGGCCGAUCUGGACACCGUCACCCUCUGGGCUUAUGCCCUGGGGGCGACGGUGCUGAUCUCGGCGGCCCCCUUCUGCGUCCUCUUCCUCAUCCCCGUGGAGUCCAACUGUCCGCGGCACCGGGCCCUGCUCCAGGUGCUCCUCAGCUUCGCCUCCGGGGGACUCCUGGGCGACGCCUUCCUACACCUCAUCCCCCACGCCCUCGAGCCGCACGGCCACCAGGAGGGACCGCCCGCCGCGGGGCCGUCGCAUCGCGGUCACGGCCACAGUCACGGCGCGGAGCAGGCGCGGAUGCUGGCCGUGGGGCUCUGGGUCCUCGGCGGCAUCGUGGCCUUCCUCGUCGUCGAGAAGUUCGUGCGUCACGUCAAGGGGGGACACGGACACGGACACGCCCCCCGCCCCGAGAGCAGCUCCUCGGAGGGCGAAGCCCGCGCCGACGAGGACGACGGGGGAUGUCGGCGACGGCGGCCGCGGAAGCGGGACCCCGGGGCGGACCCUCCCCGGGAGGCGGCCGUGGGUUCAGACCUGCGGGUGUCCGGCUACCUGAACCUGGCGGCGGACCUGGCCCACAACUUCACGGACGGGCUGGCCAUCGGGGCGUCCUUCCGCGGGGGCCGCGGGCUGGGCGCCCUCACCACCCUCACCGUCCUGCUGCACGAGGUGCCCCACGAGGUGGGAGACUUCGCCAUCCUCGUCCAGUCCGGCUGCAGCAAGAGGCAGGCGAUGCGGCUGCAGUUGGUGACGGCCCUCGGGGCGGUGGCGGGGACGGCGUGCGCCCUGCUGGCGGAGGGGGCCGGGGCGGCGGGCGGCCCGGCCUGGGUCCUCCCCUUCACCGCCGGCGGCUUCAUCUACGUGGCCACCGUGUCCGUCCUCCCCGAGCUGCUGCGCCGGGCCUCGCCCGCCCAGUCGCUGCUCGAGGUGCUCGGCCUGCUGGGCGGCGUGGCCAUGAUGGUGCUCAUCGCCCACCUCGAGUGACGCCCCCCCCCCCCGCCCCU